GGACCAGCCUAAUGCCCUUCCAGCAGCCCCUCCCUCCAUCCCUUCCUCCCUCCCAAAGGCGAUGGUCAGCAAACAGGGACACCACACCGCCGAAGAGGGUGUUUCGCUUCAGACAGGCGCGGAGCCAUGUCUAUAUAAACCCCGCAGCAGCAGCGGCCCUGGAGGGUUGUUAAGCACACCCUCGCCUCCGCUCCCUCGGCAGCCUGGCGAGGUGCCACCGGCCGUCCCGGCGGCUUGAACCCCGGCGUGCAGGAGGACGGGAGCGAUCUGCCCAUGGGAUCCCGCCUGCUGCUGAUGCUGAUGCUGCUUCAGGCAGUUUGGAAAGGUGCUUUGGGAAAAUCCCACUCACUGCACACCCGAGGAAUCAUCGAGUUGGCAGGAGCUAUAUCGUGUGGCACGGGAAGGUCUCCCUUGGCAUAUAUUGGCUAUGGAUGCUACUGUGGACUGGGAGGACAAGGCUGGCCUAAAGAUAAAACGGACUGGUGCUGCCACAGGCAUGACUGCUGCUACGACAAGGCGGAGAAGGAAGGCUGCAGCCCCAAGGCGCAGCGCUACCAGUGGGUGUGUGAGCAGAACGCCGUGCGGUGCGAUAACCUGACAGACCGAUGCGAAAAAAUGGUGUGCCUGUGUGACCAAGAAGCAGCCAAGUGUUGGGGAGCAGCCCCCUACAACCCACACUUCAUCCUCUGGCCAGACUUUUUAUGUGGACAGACUCAUCCCACCUGCCAUUUCAGAUAUGGGGGGCCGGAAUAGGUCUUUUUAGGACUUUUCUUCUAACCCUUUGAAUCUGAAGGGACCGGAAUAAAAUUUUACCUCUUUUACCAGAGCUAACAAUGGUGUGAG